CUCACUCUCUUCUUCCUUUCCUAUAUCCUUCAAAGUCUCUCGUACAAAACCCGACAGACCAUCCUGCUUGAUACAGCUUUGUUCAAGUAAGUGACUUUGAUUUCUUUUGCUUUGAACCCAACAACAAAAAAGAACAGUUAUUGCUUUUGGGUUCAGUUUUCUUGUUGCUUGUCUAUGUCUACAUAGGUAGAAUCUAUGAGGUUUUACUGGGUCGUUUUCGUGUUUGAAUUUUCCUUCAUGAUUCUAGAUUGAAUAGUAUAACUAGGAAUAGAGAUGGUCAAGUGCUUUAGGUGAGAAAAAAAUGAGAAAGGAUGGAUUAGCUUGAUGGUUUUCCAUGAAGUAUCCUUUCAUGGGUAGCCAUUAGAAUUUAGAGACUUUAUUUUAGAAAAAAGAGAGAGAUGUUGGGUGAGGAAGAGAAGAGCGGGCUGGCCGGAAAUGCUACCCGGAAAAGCUAUCUCCGGUCGAUGUCAUGGAGUGACCGUUCACCUUCCAAGGCUAAUAAUCCUUAUCCAAAGCCGCAGCUGAAUAAUAAAGCAAGGUCUUGCUUACCUCCACUGCAGCCUCUUUCAAUUGCCAAGUGUAGUGUUAAGGAGUGGCCUAAGGCAGGUUCUGAUGAUCUUGGUGUCUGGCCUCAGCCCCAAACUCCUAGAGGGUCUGCUGCUAAAGCGUUUCCGGGUUCGAAUUCGGAACAGGGUGGGAGAGAGUUUGAGUUUAAGAAAGAUAAGCUUGCUUUUUUUGAUAAGGAGUGCUCUAGGAUUGCGGAGCAUAUAUACUUGGGGAGUGAUGCUGUGGCUAAGAACCGGGAGGUUUUGAGGAAGAAUGGGAUCACACAUGUGCUUAACUGUGUAGGGUUUGUGUCUCCUGAGUAUUUCAAGAAUGAUCUUGUGUACAAGACUCUCUGGUUGAAGGAUAGCCCCUCGGAGGACAUUACAAGCAUUUUGUAUGAUGUGUUUGAUUAUUUUGAAGAUGUGAGGAAGCAGAAUGGGAGGGUUUUUGUGCAUUGUUGUCAGGGAGUGUCGCGGUCGACCUCUUUGGUGAUUGCAUACCUUAUGUGGAGGGAGGGCCAGAGCUUUCAAGAUGCAUUUCAGUAUGUCAAGGCUGCAAGAGGGGUGACUAACCCCAAUAUGGGGUUUGCUUGUCAACUUCUGCAGUGCCAGAAGCGGGUUCAUGCUGUGCCUGCAAGCCCGAGUUCCGUGUUAAGGAUGUACAGGAUGGCCCCGCAUUCGUCGUAUGAUCCUCUUCAUCUGGUGCCGAAGAUGUUAAACCAUCCAGGUGCACAAGGACUCGACUCUCGUGGUGCUUUUGUUGUCCAUGUUCCAUCUGCUAUAUAUGUGUGGAUUGGAAAGGAUUGCAACACAAAGAUGUCAGAUAAUGCAAGAGCAGCUGCCCUUCAAGUCAUCCAGUAUGAGAGGGCAAAAGGUCCAAUCGUGGAUAUCAACGAAGGCAAGGAGCCAUUAGAAUUUUGGGAUGCUAUUUCCAGCGGGCUUUCAGAAGAGGAUUGCAGCAAGGGAGAUGUCAAAAAGGAUGGAACUUUUUCUUCUGGAGGCGAUAAGGUUGCUGCAGUGACUUGUAUUCCAGUGGGUGAAAGGAAGGUUGGUGACUAUGAUUUGGAUUUCGAAAUUUUCCAAAAGGCACUUGCUGGUGGGGUUGUUCCACCAUUUUCAGUAUCAAAUACUGAGUCUGAAACUUGCCUUCCUGCUAGAGAAAAUGGAUGGGGCAGAUUGCGGCAAAAGUUUGCUAGCGGAAUUAUGAAGGAUUUGGUCACAUCUUCUGAGGUGAACUGUGGCUCUACCCUGUCCAGUGAUGGACCUGAUAUGGUUGUGGAAGCUAACAAGGAAGCAGAAAACCCUGUUUCUUUGAUUGAGCCUUCAUCACCAUUGUCAGCGUCAAGCCACUUUUGUGGUUCACCAGAUUCCUUUGAAUGUUUUCCAAUUAGUAGCCCAGAUAAGAUAAGAGAUACUUUUAGGGAAGUAGGACGCUCUGUUGCUCUUACCAAUCCAUUAUCAUUUCCAACAGCUGACUGUGGGUCACCAGAUUCUUGUUCUUGGUUUCCUGAUAAUAAUCUUAAGUUUAGCUCAAAAUCCCCAACACUCUCCCCUUCAACCUCUGAAUACUCUAGUUCAUCAUUUACAUUUUCACCCUCAUCUUCUAAUUGGUCGGACUUGUCAUGCUUGUCUUCUCAACAGCCUUCACCUUCAGGCUUGGAUUCUGCAGAUCCAUUAUGUAUUAAGCAUAGUUCCUUAGCUGACAGCUCACGGUUACUUUUCAAAGAAUCUGUCUCUUCACCUAGAGAGGCAUUUUCAGCUAAUUGCACUUUGCAAGUGACAAAUACAUGUUUGACAUGUAAAGGGAUUUCCCCUUCUAUUGCAGAACGUAGAGGGAGUAAACCUCCACCUCUAAUGUUACCCUCAGUUGAGGAAUCACCUAAAGUUUCGAGGAAUUUGGUACGAUCAUGGUCGUUUUCUUUACCUGACUUGGAUGAUGAUCUGAUGGACACUGAUUGCAACCAAACCGAAAAUGUGAGCAACAGAGAAGAGCUAAUGUUGGAUGUUGACAUUAUCAACCCUGAAAGUGAAUUACAAUCUGAAACGACCGGGGAAGCUGCAGAGGUGAUUAACCCCGUUUUGUACCAGUGGCCUUCUUUGAAUAAAGUGGUGAUGCACCAGUCUGGCAAACUUCAUUCUAGAUCAGCAUAUCUUUUGCUAGCUCCAGAUGCGACUGUGGGUGCAAAUAAACCUGGUGUAUUAUUUGUCUGGUUGGGACGUGGUAUUUUGCAUGAGAAAGGGCAAAAUGCAACAUUUCAGGAUAGCCAUCUUCACUGGGAAACCAUAGGACACUGCUUCCUUGAGCAUAUGGGUUUACCUACGAGUGCCCCUGUACAGAUAGUAAGAGAAGGGGAGGAGCCAGAAGAGUUCCUGAUCCAUCUCAGCUGUAAAUCAAUACAGAACACAUAAAUAAACAGACAUGAAUAAGACAGAACUAGAAGGAUCAGAGUUUUACGAAGGAUUUUGGUUCAUGAUCUUUCAAGCAUAUUGGAACGGCCGGGUGGAUCAGUUGCAGAUUGAAAAGUUGGGUUGGCAUCCAAGGCAGUGCAAAGUGUUUCAUAUCUGCUUGUGUGAUGUAUGGAGGGGUUCAGAAAAUAUGUACAGAAGAUAUGUCUGCUCUAUGCAGAUAGGAUUUUAUCAGUAAAGUUUUGUUAUCUUGGCAAACAGACAGUUCAAAUAAUUGUAUCUAGUAUAUAUAAGUUACCUCGUCCAA